CGAAGGGGGAGGAGGAGAGGGCUGGAGGGAGCGUCUGUCGCGGGACAGGCUGGCCAGCUUGGGCGAGGAACCGGGAAGAGGAGGCAGUGGUGGCAGCAGCAUUUCGAGCACUAACAGCAGCAGCAGAAACUACCACCAGCCACAAAGCGUCUCCUCCGGCUCGAGCAGCCACAGUCCCCUGUCUGUGAUGGCGCUGAAAAGCUCAGAAAGCGAGGAAGCCAAGGGGCCCUGGCGGGAGGCAGGCCAGGAACAGCAGGAGCCAGUGGGUAACCCUCAGCCAGAGCCGGAGCCCUUGCCAGUGGUCCCAAUGGAGCCCAAGCCAGAGCCCCAGCCCCAAACAAAUCCUGCAGCCCUGCCAGAGCUGGAGCUUGAGCCUGAGCCAGUGCACGAAUCGGAGCCUAUGCCCACCGUGGAGACCCGCGGUACAGCGCGCGGCUUCCAGCCCCCCGAAGGUGGUUUUGGCUGGAUGGUGGUCUUCGCUGCCACCUGGUGCAAUGGCUCUAUCUUUGGCAUCCAGAACUCCUUCGGGAUCCUCUACUCCAUGCUGCUGCAGGAGGAAAGAGAGAAGAAUCGCCAAGUGGAGUUCCAAGCAGCAUGGGUAGGAGCAGAAGAAAAUACUUAG